UUAAAAUUAUGGUACAAGUUCAACUUGUACCUAUAUAUUUUCAUACAAAUUCAUUUUUCGAACAAACGUCUUUUUCUUCAAUUGUUCCAACACCAUUGCAUUCGUCCAGAAGAACCCCUACAACAGCAUGUUAAUUACUUAAUAAUCCCCGGGGCUUCUUUGGACUCAUGUUAAACGGCGGCACUUAGCUAGACACAUCCAACAUCCGUACAUAUAAAACGGCGUAGUUGGAGUAUUAUAUCUUUCGCCGCCGGCCACAUGGACCAAAUCACCUCUAUAUAGUAACGGGGAAAAAAAAGAUAGUUACAUAGAGAGCCAAAAUGACGAUUUCAUUUCAAAGCUCUAAUCUUCGGCAUAUGGGUCUCCCGCGGUCAAACUCCACGCUUCUACUUCUUAUCCUCCUUUCUUUCUAUCUUCUUUGUCAUGCAACAGGUGCUAGCUCAAGUUUAACGCCGUCUACAAUUAGUGACGAGCACAAUAGCGACGACCACGAUGAUCGUGUUCCCGUCGCUGCUAACCGCACGAGUUUCCCGGCGGGCUUCCUCUUCGGGACGGCGUCCUCGGCUUACCAGUAUGAAGGCGCGGCGGGUGAAGGUGGGAAAGGAGCUAGCAUCUGGGAUACUUACACUUCCAGAUACCCAGGUAAGAUAGCCGAUCGGAGCAACGGGGAUGUGGCCAUUGAUGAGUAUCAUCGCUACAAGGAAGACGUUGCAAUCAUGAAGAAUAUGGGGUUAAAUGCUUAUAGAUUUUCUAUCUCAUGGCCUCGAAUUUUACCGAAUGGGACGGUGAAUGGAGGCGUGAACAAAGAAGGGAUCACGUAUUAUAACAACCUCAUAAAUGAACUCUUAGCUAAUGGCAUUAAACCUUUUGUAACCCUCUAUCAUUGGGACACUCCUCAAAUCCUAGAAAAUGAAUAUGGGGGCUUCCUUAGCUCUAAAAUUGUGAAAGACUUUGUCGGGUAUGCGGAUGUUUGUUUCAAGUACUUCGGUGAUCGAGUUCAACAUUGGGUUACAUUGAACGAGCCUCUGGCAUCCAGUUUAUAUGCCUAUGGCGUUGGUAUGUUGGCACCUGGUCGAUGUUCAAAAUGGAUGAAUUUGAACUGCACUGGGGGAGACUCAGGCACUGAGCCAUACGUUGUCGGACACAACCUUCUUCUUGCUCAUGCCACCACCGUAAAACUGUACAGAGAGAAAUAUCAACAAACACAAAAGGGUAAGAUUGGCAUUGCCCAAGUUUCGCAAUGGGGUAUUCCUCUCUCUGAUUCUAAGCAGGAUCACAAAGCUACACAACGACAAAUGGAUUUCACGCUUGGAUGGUUUAUGGACCCACUAGCCACAGGAAACUAUCCACGAUCGAUGAGAUCUAUUGUGGGGAAACGAUUGCCCAAAUUCUCCGAGGAGGAAUCCAAGAUGUUGAAAGGAUCCUUCGAUUUUGUGGGGUUGAACUACUAUACAACUGCGUACAUUUCCAAUGCACCACCUUCUAAUCCUAUCUUCUUAAGCUCGACGACUGAUUCUCAAACCAAUGCUUCAGAUGUGUUUCAUGUUGCUAAUGAAGCCGUGAAGAAUGGUGUCCCCAUUGGCCCAAAGGCUGGGGUGUUCUGGCAGUACAUUUAUCCAAAAGGGAUUCGAGAUGUUGUGCUCUACACAAAGAGGAAGUAUAAUAACCCAGUCAUCUACAUCACUGAAAAUGGUAUGGGUGACAUCAAUAAUGAAACAUUAAGCCUGAGGGAAGCUCUUAAUGAUACCUUAAGAGUCGAUUUCUAUCGUCAACAUCUCGCAUACCUGAGCAGUGCAAUCAAGGAAGCUGCAAAGGUGGAAGGGUAUUUUGCUUGGUCACUAUUGGACAACUUUGAGUGGUCGAUGGGCUACACAGUACGAUUUGGCAUCAAUUAUGUGGACUACAAAAAUGGAUUAAAACGAUAUCCUAAACAAUCCGCCGUUUGGUUUCAAAGCUUUCUUAAGAAUUAUUGAGUUAUCUUCAUGUAUCUUAAACAAUCUACCCUAAAUAAUAUCAAUUGCAUCACUUCCUAUUAUUGAAAGCUCAUUUGAGUUCUCUUUAUGUAUCCAAUGGCAACCUUGAUGAUUCUCAUUCGAGGAAAAUAUGUGUUGGGGGUCCUUUGGAGAAUUAAAGUUUGAAUCUCGUGACUUUAAUGAAUUCAAUGGAUUAAAUUAC